AUGACGUUGUAGCUAGAGACGUACACAAGCAAGACGAAAUACCGAGGCCUGGAGGGUUGUAAUGGUUCUAAAAUGAUGCUCCUAACUGUUCCCAUUGUGGAUUUCAGUUUUAAAAUAAUUACAUUAUUUUUGAUAUUGAUUCCUCAUUCUAGCUUUGCAAGAAAUGAAGUACUUAUUUCCUUGUCCGAGGCUGGGAAGUCAAACGAUCCACUCUCUGCUGAAGAAGCAGACGACUUCAAAUUCCUAGGCUCCUUUACAACAGGCACAGGAUCAGGAGCGAUUGAUCAACCUAUUGAUGGACUUCUUCAUAUAGUAUCUGCCACCUGUAAAAAUGAGGAUGAUGAGUUGGACCAGGAUGUACCUGAUGCCGAAUGGAUUGCAGUGAUAUUUAUUCCAUCAUUGGAUGAUAUCACAACAGAAACAAGCUCUGAUAAACAGCAACCACAAUGCAAUAUAUUAGAAAUGGUUAAAGCAGCCAUGUUAUUUGGUGCAUCUGCAGCCUUGCUUAUUACCAUGGAGCCAAAGUGGAUGUCCAACCUUUACGCUUGGAAUAAUCUUCAUUUUCCAGUGGUUUCAGUGUCUAAAAAUGAUGCUAAAAAGAUGACAUCUGCCAUAAAAAGGUUUUGGAAUGGAAAAAAUCUGAAGAUAUUAAUGCAGCUUACAGAGCAGAAAGAAGAAAAACAAAUAAUGAAUUUUGGCACAGUGGUAGGGUCUGUGUGUGUGCGAAUGGGAGGUGUUGACCCAAACUUUAGAGGCUGGAGAAGUAUUGUAUGUAAAGGUGGUAAUUAUACAAUUAAUAAGUAUUCACAUAGGCUGACUCUAUGGUCCACUUGUGGGCGGUCCUAUGGCGGGACAUUUAAUGAAUGGGAUGGCACUACAUGCCCUGGACGUGGAGUAACAACACAGGUGUCUCCCAAUAGCAUACUCAGCCUUGCCCUAUCUAUUGUUGGAGGAAUGAUUUUACUAUUAAUUAUGAACAGAAAAACACAAAAUAUGGAGAAUCAAUUAGUAAUUGAGGAUGUUGAGGAAGCCCUGCGACGAUUAGCACGCACAGCAAUUAUGAAAAUGCCAACUCGCAAGUAUAAACGUAAACGACAUCAACAGAAUAACUAUGCAGAAUGUGCAGUUUGUUUAGAUAGAUUUCUACCGAAUCAACUUGUGCGAGUUUUACCCUGUUAUCAUUCUUUUCAUUGUAAAUGCGUUGAUGCCUGGUUACUGAAGCGAAGAACAUGCCCUCUUUGUAAAUUUAACAUUAUUGAACACAAGAUUAAGUCCUGCAGUUCAAGUAUACCUCAGGAUUUGUGAUAUUGCAGAUAAUUAUAGUAUUUAGUAUACCUAUAUAAUUAAAGUAUUUUGUAUACAUUAUCUUAUUGUAAGGUCUGAUUUCAAUAAAUUAUUGAAUUCAGUUUUGCCACAAUAAAUACAUUUAAUAACAUCAUAAAAUAGAGUAAUUUUUUGUAUUUUUAUUUUUCAAUUGUUUCUGUCUCUGACAAAGGAGAGUGGUAAUACUAUCGAGCAUGGUAGAAAAAUAACUUGAGAUGCCAACAUUUAAACAUGAAACAAACAAAAGAGAAAUACAAAAACAGUAUUAAAAACAAUGUACACCUCUGUAUCAAUUUCAAUCUUUAGGUAACUCUUUAAAACUAUUUAUUAAAAAUUCUAUGGCAACAUAAUAUUCAUAAUUCUAUUUUUUUUUUAAUUACUGUACAAUCUAACUUUAACAGAGAAUAUUCAGUUAACCACCAUACGAAAUAUGUUACCAAGUGAAUACAGGUAGCUCAUGAGUUGCUUGGUCAAAUGUUCACACCUUUUACCUCAAUAAUAAUAAAAAAAAUUAAUAUACUCAACAUCAAACAUAAUAAUUCUGAAUAAUGAGUUGCACCUGAACAAUAAAAAAAACACUUACAUUUAUUUAAAAGAAUAUUAAUACGCUUAUAUUUAUUUGAAAGAAAAAGUAAUACACUUGUAUUUAUUUAAAACAAAAAGUAAUACAGACUUAAAAUCAAUGAAUUUGCAUAUUUUAACAAUACAGUAACAUAUUUCAUUAGCAGGUUGAAAAAAUUCAUCAAUUAGUUGGCAAGAUUCUCUAACACGGUGGGUCGCAAUUAAGCACUAACACCCUGCUAUUACAUACACAUGCGGGAGUGGGUAACUAGGGAAAAUGAACUUUGAAUUUAGAAAAUUCUAUGCACAAUUCCAUAAUCUAUCUAUGGUUCUUACAUUAAUAUGCAUCAAAUAUUUUCUGCCAUAAUACGUACAAGUUUCAUUUAGUA